AGUCAAUAUGGCUGCAUCUGUCAUUGUGGUAAAUGAACUAAAUUUGUGAAUUAAGGUGAAUUAGUGAUAAAUUGAUAGAAUUUAAAACACAUAGCAUUAGUAAAACUGACAAGGUGCUGUUGUAAACGGUUGUAUUAAUUUAAAAACGAAAUAAAAUUGGAAAAUUUAUAGUGCAUAAUUAAUCCAUACAGGUGACAUAUUUUGCGUUAACAUUCAGAUGUCGAAUUUGAUUCCUCCACUUCUAAGCAGUUCGCCACCUCCUAUUGUCGGACCUCUUGACGAAGACGACGACGAUGAAUUUGGAGACUUUCGAGCGGCUGCAGAUUCAUAUGACUGUGAUGAUUUUUCUUUGCCACCCUCUCCUCAGAAAUCACCAGAAAAAGAACUGAAAACUGAUAUUUCCAGAGUCAAUUUAGAUAUAAAUUGUAAUAAAAGCCAAAAAAUCUCAAGCACAACAGAGAUGCCAACUCAGAAUUUAAAUGGAUCAAUUCUUAACGAAGAAGUAAAAAAAGACUUUCAAGAUAGAAGAAAAAGUUUAGAUGUUAAAGUAGAUGAUGACCCAAACCCACAUGAAUUUGAAGUCAAUUUUAGUAAUAGUCAAUCUGAAUCACCACCAAAAUUUUUUGAUAACAAUAAAGAUGUUAAUUCCUUACAAAACGAUGAACAAACGGAGGACAAACCAACUGAGUUAAAUGUAAGCGAGCAGGAUAGCAAAAUAAAAGAUGACAGUACCGCUGUGGAAGACGUUUUUGAUUUUGAAAGUGUCGUACCAAUUUCCAAAAAUGCUUGUGAUGAAAAUCAACAAAACGAAGUUGCUUCUGUAGAACUGAAAUCGAGUGAAGUAGAUAAUGAAAAUGAAAACAACUUAAACAAUAAAGAGAAUGAAGAAAGUUUGUUUGAUGCUUUUAGUGAUUGUGUACAGGAAAAGACUAGCAACUCUGAUGAUUUGUCAGAUAUGAAUGAACAUAGUGAGAUUAAAUCGGAAAAUGAUGGUAUCGAAGAAAUUAAUUUUGAAAUUACUAGUAAAGAUGAAGGGGAGAGUAAAGUUGAUGACUCCUCAAAAGAAGAAAAUUAUGAUAAUUUAAGUGAAUCUUCGGUGAGUUUAAAAGUUUGUGAAACUGACCCAAAAUUGAGUGAGGAUGAAUUUGGUGAUUUUGAAAAUCACUUUGCUACUGAGGUUGAUGAUAUACAUAAAACAUCUGAAGACGAAUUUGAUGAUUUUGUGGAUCCUUGUCCACCGAUGCAGGAUGUCGAGGAAAGGAUUGAUGAUGACUUCGGCGAUUUUGAGUCUUCAGAGUUUGCAGAUUUUUCAUCACAAGCGUGUGAAAAGCCUACGUUUUUAGAAAUAGAUGAGAAGAACGCCGUUGAUAAGAGUGAAACAAUCUUGAAAGAUAUAUUUCCAUCGGUAGAUUCGGAAAUGAAGGAGUUUGAAUUUGCUGAUGAAACAAAGGGAAUCACAGUAUUUGAUGAAUUGAAGGAUGUGACUGAAACAAACGCCUUAAUUUAUCAGUGGUCUAAGUCAAACAGCCAGAAGAUGUUCUUUAAAGCUUUAAAUAUUGAUACGAGAAAUAUAUUGUAUGGACCUGCGUGGAACUGUUCGAUGCCAAGAUUCGCUGCUAAUCUCGGUUUAACACCUCUUGAACCCGUAAAAACUGAAAUACUCACUCCUACUCCCAUUCAGAAUGUCUCGAGUCCGUCCAAUUCUAGUCAGAAGAACAACAGUGAUAUUCCCACAGCACAGUUUGAUUGGAGUGGUUCAGGACUGAUAAAUCCUCUUGAUUACUCACAAACCAUGCUGUUAGAUUUAGAGCAGUUGGUAGCCUCCCUCGAUAUUCCUUCAACCACUCAUCCCAAUUCCAACCAGUCUCCUUCACCUUCCAAUGAAUUAUUGGAUGAGUGGGAUCUGUGGUUACAGUCAACAUCAGCCGAACUGCCAGGAAACGUACCUGAAGAAUCUUCCCAACCACAAAUCCAAAACGAUUUCUUGCCGACGACGACAGACAAACCAGAACCAAUCCCUAGUUUAUUCGACACAGAAAGUCUUGAGAAAAUAGCCGCCGAACCAAGCGUAUCGCAAAAUGAAAACAACACAGAUUUGCCAAAAACAACUACAGACGACCAAUUUUCACAGUUUCAGUCCCCGAAACUAAUCCCCCUACGAGAAACUCACAUUUCCACAGAACUAAACGACGUAAACGGUAAACCAGGUUGGUUACAACCUACAAUCCUUACACCAGAUUUACCAAGGAAAGACACGGUUAUAGAUCCUUUGGACGAAGAUGAGUUUGACGAUUUUCAGAUGGUCUUACCUGAGGAAAACAAAGAGAAACCGAGUGCGCCAGAACUGAAAAGUACUCUUGCGCUGCCAGAUUUGAGCGAAUUUGACAUGACCAGCAAAGUAGCAACGCCUGUAGACAUUAGCAAAAACUCGCAAAAUCAUGAACAUAUCUUUGGGGUGCCCUUAAAUAACGUUGUAGAGGAAAAGAAAAUAGACGUAAAUGAUGAUGACGAAUUUACCGAAUUUCAUUCCUCGCUGCCGCAGAAUAAUAUAUUGAAACCUCUUCAACCGGUUCCCAUGGAACCUCUAAAACCAACUGUACAGUAUUCACAACCUACGCAAAUUAAUUGGCCCGAUCCUGGGGUAACUGACGAGGAUAUAAGGAAUAUCGAGUUGAGUUAUUUCCGGAAGAAUGAAGUAAAAGAAGAAAAGGCGAAAGAAGUCAGUAAAGACAACUCAUUGGAUGAUGAAGAGUGGUCAGAUUUCGUGUCGGUUACAAAUCCGGUUAAGUCAGUUUUGCCUGAACGAACGGCAACCCCAGAUUUGCCGCUAUCAGUAUUAAACCUAAAUAACGUUCAGGCUCCGAAACAGCCUAUUCCGGUUAUAACCCCGAGCGGUUUAGUUCAGACCAAACUGUCUUCGAAUAUGACCCUUCAGCCAAAAUCGGUGGUCCAAACGAGUGUUCAACCGAGUAUGUUUAGGCCACCGACGACUCAGUUUCAACCUUCAAUUAUUAGUAAUCAGUUUGCUGCAAAUUUUGCCUCCGGGAACAGUACGACGAUGGCGCCACCUACGAAAAGUCAGUCCCAGGAUGACGAUGACGACUGGAGCGAUUUUGUGUCGAGUCAACCACCACCACCGUCUCAAAUGAAUGGUUAUCAACAAAAGACCAGUUUUAGUCAAGGAAAAGCGCCGCAGAUCAACUGGACAAACGCAACCACUAACAUAAUCAUGAAUCCGACACAUUUUGAGACGUUCCAGAGUUAUGCGCCACCGCAAAACAAAAAGGUUUCUCCAAUGUCGGCAAGAAAUGUGAUCCCGAGUAUUUCGGCAAUUCCCGAUUUAGAUUUCAUUGCUCCCAAAAAUCGGACUAGUAAAAAAUGACUAAGGGAGCAAGUAAUGCUGUAGGUUAUCAGCAUGUGAGUAUUGGUUCCAAUUCUAGUUCAAAUGGGUCAAGUGUUGGCUGUACACAUGUGAGCUAUAAGUGAUAUUCUAUUUAUUUAAAUUUAUGAAGUUGUCUAAGAAAACGUUGAUUCUACUUUAAAAGUAUUUUCGUUACGUACUUAAUUAUGUUCUACUUACGUUCAACCACAAAGUUACUGUUCUCUUAACGUCCAUGUAUAUAAAGUAUUGUUAUUUAUCAUUCCAAAUUGUAUAUAAAGAUAAUGUUUAAUUA